AUGGACGAGACGGUGCUGGCCACAUGCGUCAUCUGGUGUCUCACAGAUGUAUUCACCUACCGCCAAGGCGAAUCCUCCUGGCGUAUACAUCUCCAAGGCAUCAAAGCUAUCCUCGACAGCAACCAGGCACAUCGACACUUCAUCUCCGGCACCGGGUCCACGCAAGUGGCCAUGCGGCACCUGUAUCAGCUUUACAUCUCGCUGCAGACGCUACCGUACAUACCGUCUCUGCCGGACCCAGAAACGCCCGUGUACAAGGGGCUAUCUGAUCCUAGCAAGAUGGACGUGCUCUCAUUAUCGCCUUCGGACACCAAGAUCGAUGGCUUCCUUGGCUACAGCGAGGAACUGCUGCAUAUACUGCAGCGAAUCGAUCACCUCUCAAGCUUGGACGACCAGGAUUCAUCGGCUGUCAACUGCGAGGCUGAUAUUCUCCUCGGCAAGGUCAAGGGUAUGAUUCAGCGAGACUCCGAGAUCUCUCCCACCGUCUCCAUAUGUGCUUCCCUGUCACCCGAAGACACCCACGAGUUCACUCUCUGCCACAGAACCUUCCAGCAGGCCACCCUGAUCCACCUGUACCGGCGGCUAUACCACCUUCCAUCUCGCGCUAAGCCUCUCCAGACCGCGAUUGAGUCUAUCAAGGAGAUGAUGAAUUUCAUGGUCCAGGGUCAGCCCUGUCACACGUGGGUCGCCAUGGCCAUGCCCCUCUUCACCAUUGGCUGCGAGGCCUUUACCGACGACCAAGAGGAAUUCGUCAUGGACAAGGUGAACAAGCUGGAGGAGUGCAUCGGCUCACUCCAUGUAAAAAUCAUCCGCCAAGCCCUCGAGGAUAUAUGGGAAGUCAGGAAAAGAAUGGGCGACUUGGAGGGAAAUAUCUGUGCCAGUCAAUUGCUUGCUGAACUGCGGUACAAUAUUAUUCUCUUUUAG